CAAGGGACUGCUGCCCAACAGAAUAGCCGAGUGGCUGCUUUCUCGUCUUGCUAAGACCCUUCCCUCUUGCGCAGCCCACACUUUGACCCGCCCGGUCUUGGGCCUGACGUGCACACUUGCAACAAGAAGGCUCCCCUUCGUCUUUCCUGAGCUGUGACUAGCAAGCGCUAGAUUGCGCCAUAGCGGGUAUCCUCAGCCCUGGCAGCCACGGCACUACCAUCCAUCCCCACAGAGAAAAUGGAAGUCGCAUGUGGUUUCUAAUCCAACUGCUGACGCUCACCCGCCUCUGCUUGCCCCUUAGCCGGACCCCCCGAGAUAUAUACCGACAUACGUACCGACCAUCUACCUACAAUAUCUGGUGUUGUGUCUACAUGGCCGCCACGCUAGCUAUGCAUAUUACCUAAAGUAAUCUUUCUUUCUUUCCAUCCUAGAACCUCUCCGCGUGGGGUUGGUCAGCCAUUCUUCUUGGGUGACCAUAUAAGACUCUCACGCUUGGCAAAUAACCAAGCUCGGGAAGUCCCUCGCACACACCCGCCACCCUACUACAACCACCCAUUCCAACGAGGCUUUGGGAUCUCGUGCUUUCAACAAUGGCAAGCACUGGUGCAAAGGUCGGCCAAGGCCUGGCCAAGGCCCUGGGCAUCAAGCUCCGCAACAACCAGCCUUACCAGGACGAGGUCACAAGGGGCGAGUCCGUCCUCUCCGCCCACAGUGGCGAUGCCUUCGUCGAGGAGCCACCUUCAACGCGAGACUUCUUGGCCAGCCUGGUGCCAACCGGAAAGGACACCGUCACUUACACAAGGUCGCUGUUUCCUUUUCUCGAUUGGAUCGGCCACUACAACCUACAAUGGCUCAUCGGCGAUCUUGUUGCCGGCAUCACCAUCGGCGUUGUUGUGAUCCCCCAGGGCAUGGCAUACGCGAUCCUUGCCAACCUCGAGCCGCAGUUCGGCCUGUACUCGUCCUUUAUGGGGGUCAUCACAUAUUGGUUCUUCGCAACAUCCAAAGACAUCACCAUCGGCCCCGUUGCUGUCAUGUCAACCCUUACUGGCGGAAUCGUGGCAGACAUGGCGAGGCAGUUCCCCGAGGUCCCCGGCCACGUUGUCGCGUCGGCCCUGGCUAUUCUCGCUGGAGCGAUUGUUCUGUUCCUCGGCCUCACUAGGACUGGCUUCAUCGUUGAUUUAAUUAGCUUGACAUCUCUGUCGGCCUUCAUGACAGGCUCUGCCAUCAACAUCGUUAUCGGCCAGAUCCCAACAAUGAUGGGCAUCUCGGGAUUUUCGACCCGGGACGCUCCGUACCUCGUGCUCAUCAACACACUGAAGAACCUGGGGCACUCAAAGCUGGAUGCCGCAAUGGGGCUGUCGGCUCUUGCCUUGCUCUACUCGAUCCGGUCCGCCUGCUCCCUGCUGGCCAAGCGUUUCCCAGGGCGCCAACGGCUGUUUUUCUUCCUCUCGACCCUGAGGACAGCCUUCGUCAUUCUUCUCUUCACCAUGAUCAGUUGGCUGGUUAACAUGAACCAUAAGACAAAGCCAAGCUUCAAGAUCCUGCAAGACAUUCCCAGCGGCUUCCAGCACGCCGAGGUCCCAGCCAUCGACCCCAAGAUAGCGAGCGCGCUGGCGACGUACCUACCAGCAACAGUCAUAGUUUUGCUCAUCGAGCAUGUCGCCAUAUCCAAAUCUUUCGGCCGCGUCAACAACUACACCAUUAACCCUUCCCAGGAGAUGGUCGCCAUUGGCGUUACAAACCUUCUGGCCCCGUUUCUGGGUGGCUAUCCUUCCACCGGCAGCUUCAGCCGAACCGCCAUCAAGUCCAAGGCUGGCGUGCGCACCCCUUUCGCUGGUGUCAUUACGGGUGUGGUCGUUCUCAUUUCCAUCUACGCGCUACCACCGGUCUUCUACUUCAUCCCUAGCGCUUCGCUCGCCGCGGUCAUAAUCCAUGCUGUCGGUGACCUUAUCACACCACCCAACACUAUCUAUCAGUUUUGGUGUGUUUCGCCGCUCGAGGUCCUCAUCUUUUUUACUGGCGUCAUAAUCACCGUCUUCUCCACCAUCGAGAACGGCAUCUACGCGACUGUAGCCAUAUCCGCAGCCGUGCUGAUCGGCCGCAUCCUCAAGGCCCGAGGCCAAUUCCUCGGCAGAGUCAAGGUGCACUCGGUCCUGCGGGACAACAUCAUUGGAGAGGACCACAACGAGGUGGUUGGGCAGUAUGGCACGUUUCCCAAACCGGGCGCCAACCCGGCGCGGAACAUAUUCCUGCCCAUCGACCACGGCGAUGGCUCUAACCCUGAUGUCGGAGUUGAUAGCCCCUAUCCUGGAGUUUUCAUCUAUCGAUUCUCGGAAGGGUUCAACUACCCCAACGCAUCGCACACUCUCGAAUACCUGACCGGCUACGUCUUUGCCUACACCAGGCGAACAAAUACGACAGAGUACGCACGGCCAGGGGAUCGGCCCUGGAACGACCCAGGCCCGUCGAAGCGGCAGCUCAAAAGGAAGGCUGCGGGCGACGCAUCGGCCGUCCCGGGCCUGAACCCCGACCUCCCAACCCUCAAGGCCAUCAUUCUGGACUUCAGUUCUGUCAACCACGUCGACAUAUCCAGCAUGCAACAGCUCAUCGACACGAGGAACCACCUGGACCGCUAUACCUCGCCCGAUUUUGUUGACUGGCACAUUGCUUGCAUCAACAACCGCUGGACCAAACGGGCUCUUGUCGCGGCCGGGUUUGGGUACCCGACGGAGCGGCCGGAUGGCCUCCACCACCGGUGGCGUUCCAUCUUCUCGGUGGCCGAGAUAGGCGGCUCCGACAGCGCGGCAGCGGUGGCGGAGAAGCGAAUCAACGAGAAGGAGCUGGGACAGGGGCUCUCGAGGCGCCAGAGCGCAGGACUCGAUAAGAAGGCGGACCUCGAGCUGGGCGCUGGUGACUCCAGCACCGAAGCCGAGACGGAGGAGGCCAGCCGGGCCCGCUCGCCCGCCAAGGCCGGGCCGCGCGCAGUGGCGGUGCAUGGGCUCAACCGGCCGCUCUUCCAUGUGGACUUGACAAGCGCCCUGCAGAGUGCGGUUGCCAACAUAGAGGCAAGGGCUGAUGAUGGGCGGGACCACAUCGCGUCGACGCCUUAGCCUGGGGGUUCUCCCUUUUGUUCUUGUUUUGUUGUCUAGACUUGCAUAGCAUAUAGCAUUUUUGAGAUACGUUUGAUACCAUUGGUAUUUGUCCCCGAUAUCCGAGCAGCCUUUCGCUAGUCGCUUCCCCAUCUGCAGUUUUCGAAAUUUUGAGAUUGCGCGGGAUUUCCGGGGGCUCUUGUUUUUCAAUGCAGACAACCAUGUUUUGCGCUUCUAGUCUAGGAUUCUGACAACCCUCCUCGGCUCUGUAAUUUCG